AUGCCUAAGGCUGCUACAACUAAGCGCGGUGGCAAGGAGGUCAAGAAGCGAGGCAAGAAGGACCCCAACGCUCCCAAGCGUGGUCUCUCUGCCUACAUGUUCUUCGCCAAUGAGCAGCGUGAGAAUGUCCGUGAGGAGAACCCUGGCAUUUCCUUCGGUCAGGUCGGCAAGCUUCUCGGUGAGCGCUGGAAGGCCCUCAACGACAAGCAGCGUGCCCCAUAUGAGGCCAAGGCUGCUGCCGACAAGAAGCGCUACGAGGAUGAGAAGCAGGCUUACAACGCUGCGGAUGACGAGGAAUCCGCUUAG